UCCUCUGGUGAAGCUUCAGUAGGCUAUUUACACCUAUGUUUUCGGGAGCCUUUCUGCAGCCACACAAAGGCACGGAGAGAAACGCUCGGCAUAUCGACGUGCCAACACUUUAACAAAUAUGCGAUGACUGUCUAAACCGGCUGAGCUGCUUUUGAUUUUGGAAACGCCGUAUAAUGUUGCGAGGUGAUAUCCGCCUGCUGCCGUGUGCACUGCAGUGGUGCGCAGCUUCGUCUGGAGGAACACCUGUGAGCCUCUCCUGGCCACAGCCAUGAAUGUUGAGUAGAUAACCCCGAGGUGCAGUGUCUGUCUGCAUUUAUCUGAAGGAACAACAGCACAAAUGCUGCACAGCCAGACAUCGGGCAAGAAGUCUUCCCUGGUCACAGAGUGCUGAAAUGUUUGCAGUGAAGACACAAAGUGCCAGAUCAAAUCAGCUGACUGUUUAUUGGAGGUGGGGAAAUAGGAGCUCUCUAAUACCCUGCACGUGGUUCAAGACCUGGCUCCUUUACAACCAAGAAAAGACGUGUUAACUGAUCCCUCAUCAGCACUUUGUGAUUCUGUCACAUUCAGCACUUCCACAAAGCAGAGAGAUGGAGUGGUCACUGGAGAAUGUGAGGGAGAUGGUGGCUGGAGGGAUGCAGUCUAUAAGGGAGUGUGAGAUCUGUGCUUUCGCCAUAGGCAUCUGUGUGCUGCUGCUCUUUAUGUGGUACUGUUACAGAGUGGGCCGAGAGCAUAGCUCCAGUCCUCUGCGAGGCCGCUACCUGAGUGGGUCCAGCCACAUUGGGGGAGUGGUGGGAGGCUUCAGGAGUAAAGGGAAGCACUCCCUGCUGGAGGAGCAGAAUGGCUUUGCCUUCUGUCAGUCAUCUGAGUGUUUCCGCUGCACCAGCGCAGGGGAGAGCCUGAACCAGAGGCUGUACCACAGUCUGCAGGAAUACGCCAAACGCUACACCUGGUCUGGUAUGGGCCGAGUGCACAAAGGGGUGCGGGACCAGGGGAGAUAUCUCAAUAGCAGACCAACCAUUCAGAGGCCAGAGGUGUUCUUUCUCCCUGACCUGCCCUCAGCUCCUUUCUUCUCUAGAGAAGUGCAGAGACAUGAUGUGGAGCUGCUGGAGCAGAGCUUCCCAGCUCUCUUGGCUGAGUUUGAGAGUAUCUAUCACCAGCCGCCAGCUCGUAGCGGCUCGUCACUCCCUCCGGGAUGGAAAGCAAACAACACUCCACGAGGUCAAUGGUGGACCUACUAUCUGGUGAACCAAGGCACGCCUCUGGUCCUCAAUGUUAGAAGGUGCCCUAAAGCAUGGAGAGUCCUGGGCCAGCUGCGCACCUUCAUUGCUAACAAUGUGUUUGGAAAUGCCUGUUUUUCUGUACUCACGCCUGGGGCUCUCAUCACUGAGCAUUACGGUCCAACGAAUGUCCGACUGCGCUGCCACCUGGGUCUGAAAGUUCCCCCAUCGUGUGAGCUUGUUGUUGGUGGAGAACCUCAGUGCUGGUCGGAGGGCAGCUGUCUCCUGUUUGAUGACUCCUUUCUCCACAGGGCUUUUCAUGAGGGGAAUCCAGAAGACGGCCCACGUGUGGUUUUUAUGGUGGACCUGUGGCACCCAAAUGUGGCAGCUGCUGAGAGACAAGCCCUGGACUACAUUUUCACCCCAGGACGUUUGGAGGACAGAGAGGGGAAAUAAGUGAAUCAUGUCCAGGCCAGACACAGGGCAUUUGAGGAAGUGUUUGUAUGAUUAGGGAGCAACUCUUUUUGUGUCCAGACCAGCUCUUGCAUUCACUGUGUACAUAUAUUUUGGCCCAUAUUCAACAUAACUCCCCAUUACAGCUGACAAAACAUUGGGCCUUGUUUAUCUCCACCCUGAGCACUAAAAAGCCAAUAUCAUACACGUUUUAUAUUGGACCAAGUACAAUCACAUUAGUAUUAAUAGCCAUUACUCUGUAAUCCCCUUUCUAUUAUUCUGUGUUGAAAGAGCUCAAGGUACAUUUCAAACCAUUGAAUCUCACAGUUUUGACAUUUGACAUUGGAUGUUGCCACCAGUAACCAAGUCAUUUUACCACCAGAGUUAAGAACUGCUGCUGCUGACCAAAUAGUAGCCUUACUUGGUCAAAAUAUGCUGAGACACAGGUAAAGAAUAACAAUAACAAUUACUAAAAGCUUUAUGGCUUUAAGCUUUAUGUUGGUAUAGUAUGGUAAGUUAAUACUGUGUAAGGAUGAUGAUGCAGCUAUGGGAAAGGGGGACAUCUUCAGUGGCCUGUUAUAGCACUUUGUACAAAGGCGGUGGUGUAGUAAUGCUUUAGUUUGUUUGCUUUUUGAGUAGACAGCUGUGCUGAGAAUGUAGUUUAGCUCAUAAAUAUACUACUGUACAUUUAAUAUCAUGAUUUUUGUUUUGCACUUAUUCUUUAAAAACUACAUUUUAAGGGCUAAAAUCCAGCUACUUGUUUUUAAUCUAAUUUGCAAUUGUGAUGUGUCUAAGGACAAGCCCAUAUUGAGCAUAGUCAUCUGUACGCUUUUGAUAAACUAGGUCCAAUGUCCACUUUGAAUUCAUGAAUGUUUACAGACACUGCUAAUGUCGCUAACUCCUGCUAGUGUGGUAGACAGUCUUAGGUGAAUGGUUAGAAAAGCACAUAUCAAGGUCACACUGUGUAAGUAAGUCGACCUGUGCUGUAACGUCAGAAAGCCUAUACCAGGUUACUCAUGUGAUUCGAGUGUGUUUGAUAUCUGGUUUGUUUUUCUGUACAUAUGGUGGAGGUUUUAUGUGAAUGGUACAUUUGGAAAUGAUUGUCUCGUUGCUGUAACUAUUGUGUUGUCUUGAUUUUUCAGGUGAAGUGAAUGCUUUUCAUUAUCCAUUGCCACAGAGCCAUCUUUGAAAGUCAUUUUGAUAGAAGACUUUGUAGAUUCUGUAAAAUGUUUAUGAAGUACUAUCCCUGUUGUUCUGUGAGGUUUUCUGUUUGAACAUUGUAAUUCUGCAUAUUAAUUACACAGCCACAAUACUUAAAUCAGCAGCACCUUAUGAAUAUCUGUGCACAAAGGAUCAAAUUGUUGCAAGUGGAUAGUCAUUAUAGCUUUACUGGUCCAUUGCAAUUCAACUAAUGAUCACUUUACUUACUAAUGUUUACAAAAGUAUUAUAAUCACAAGCUGUUUACAUCAUUGGGCGACUAAGGCACUCACAUUGAGCUGUCCAUAAUUGGGUUGGAAAUCUUGAAUGCUGUUUUAAAGGGUCAUUCCCGAAGCGAUCGCUUUACAUACACAUGGUGAGCAAGCAUUCGGUUUACAUUGAAAGUAAUUUAACAUGUUCUUGUGCAAAUUUUGAACAGCAUUUCUGUACAUUUAAUAAAUGGUCAACUUAUUUAA